GGCAACACACACCAACACCGUCAGCAGCAGCAGCAGCUUUUUGGACUUACAAUGGCAGCCUUACUUCACCGCUGAUUCCCAAAACAGGAGGCAAGCACACUCACAUACAAGGAAGUGCCACUCUGGUACAUACAGAUAAGUGAGUGCAGACAAACUACUGAUCCAGGAACAGCUGGAAGGACAAAAUGGGUCUGUGGACAGUUGUGAUUGUGGCCUCACAGCUGCUUUUAAAGGUGUGCUUACGUGUUGAAGCCCAGGCUUUGGUCUACGAUCUGCUUACCUCACCUGAUUGCUUGCCAGAUCUGCUGCAGGGGGGUCUGAUUGAGCAAGGGGUAAAGGAGGCUUUCAUCCUAACCACCUUCAAGUUGCAGCCCAAGACCGGAACUACCGUGUUUGGCCUGUACAACCCCAGGGACAACACCAAGUACUUUGAGUUCACUGUGAUGGGGAGGUUGAACAGAGCUGUGUUACGUUACUUGAGGAGUGACAAGAGGAUGAGCUCGGUAACCUUCAACAACCUAGUGCUGGCGGACGGCCAAAUCCACCGGCUGUUGUUCCACCUGCGGGGGCUGCAGCAGCCGGGUCCGGGUGGGGUGGAGCUGCAUCUGGAUUGCCGGCUCGUGGAGACAGUCAGGGAUCUCCCUGCUGUGUUCCAGGGUUUGCCAACCGGCUAUGGUAUUGUGGAGCUAAAGACCAUGCCAGCCAGUGAGCAGGACAAUAUACAGGAGCUGAAGCUGGUGGUUGGGGACUCGUUUGAGAAUGUUGCUUCAUUACAAGAAUGUCAUUACCAACAAAGAGACUCUGUCCAAACUCUGGGGGUUAACACAAAACAGCUGUCUAAUCAGAUGCUGGAGUUAACGAAGGUGAUAAAUGAGCUAAAAGAUGUCCUCAUUCAGCAGGUCAAGGAGACCUCAUUUCUCCGAAACACCAUCUCGGAGUGUCAGGCCUGUGGACUGGGUGGAAAUGACGUAGUGAAACCGAGAUGUGCGCCGGGCGUCUGUUUCCGUGACGAUAUGUGCAUCGAGACUUUGGAUGGCGUUGAAUGUGGACCCUGCCCUGAUGGCUACACUGGAGAUGGUUUUAACUGUGAUGAUGUAGAUGAGUGCCAGUUUAACCCCUGCUUCCCUGGAGUGACGUGUGUGAACAUGGCCCCGGGCUUUCGCUGUGAAGCCUGUCCGCUGGGCUACACCGGCCUGCCAGUGGAGGGCGUGGGCAUUGUGUUCGCGCAGACCAACAAACAGGUGUGUAAUGACAUCGAUGAGUGUAAAGCACCCAAUAAUGGAGGCUGCACUGCCAACUCAAUCUGUCACAACUCACCGGGCUCUUACCACUGUGGGAGAUGUAAGACCGGCUUCACAGGUGAUCAGGUGAAGGGAUGUAAGCCAGAAGUCACCUGUGGCAACAGCUUGACCAACCCCUGUGACAGCAAUGCUAAGUGUGUCGUAGAGAGGGACGGUUACAUCUCCUGUCAAUGUGGGAUCGGCUGGGCUGGUAACGGAUAUGUGUGCGGAAAGGAUACCGACAUUGACGGAUACCCAGAUGAGAAACUCAAAUGCAAAGAUGUGAACUGCAGAAAGGAUAACUGCAUGUAUAUCCCCAACUCUGGCCAAGAGGACGCCGACAGGGAUGGGCGUGGAGACGCCUGCGAUGACGAUGCGGAUGGUGAUGGUAUUCCAAACGAGCAGGACAACUGCUGGCUAAAAUCCAACGUGGACCAGAAGAACAGCGACAAGGACAGCCACGGCGAUGCCUGCGAUAACUGUCGCAUGGUGGAAAACGCAGACCAGAAGGACACCGACGGCGAUGGCAAAGGGGACGCCUGUGAUGAUGACAUCGAUGAAGACGGAUGGAAUAACAUCUUGGACAACUGUCCACGUGUCCAGAACAGAGACCAGUCAGACAGGGAUGGGGACGGAGUGGGAGAUGCUUGUGACAGCUGCCCAGACAUCUCGAACCCAAACCAGUCUGAUGUUGAUCAUGACCUGGUUGGAGACUCUUGUGACACUAACCAAGACAGGGAUAAUGACGGCCACCAGGACAGCAAGGACAACUGCCCGUUCGUGAUCAAUAGCUCCCAGCUGGACACUGACAAAGACGGGCUCGGUGAUGAAUGUGAUGAUGAUGAUGACAAUGAUGGCAUUCCUGACAUUAUACCACCUGGACCGGAUAACUGCCGGCUGGUACCAAACCCUGACCAGCUGGAUGACAACAAUGAUGGUGUUGGAGAUAAAUGCGAGUCUGACUUUGACAAGGAUGAAGUGAUUGACAGAAUUGAUAACUGCCCUGAGAAUGCAGAGAUUACACUGACAGACUUUAGGGCCUUUCAGACUGUCGUGUUGGACCCUGAGGGUGAUGCCCAGAUUGACCCCAAUUGGGUUGUACUGAACCAGGGAAUGGAAAUUGUUCAGACUAUGAACAGCGACCCAGGACUUGCAGUUGGCUACACUGCUUUCAGCGGAGUGGACUUCGAGGGCACGUUUCAUGUGAAUACGGUGACCGACGAUGACUACGCCGGCUUCAUCUUUGGCUACCAGGACUCAUCCUCUUUCUAUGUGGUGAUGUGGAAGCAGACUGAACAGACCUACUGGCAGGCGACGCCCUUCAGAGCAGUGGCCGAGCCUGGAAUCCAGCUUAAGGCAGUGAAGUCUACAUCAGGGCCUGGGGAGCACCUGAGAAACUCGCUGUGGCACACAGGAGACACCCAAGACCAGGUGCGCCUGCUCUGGAAGGACCCAAGAAAUGUGGGUUGGAAGGACAAGGUGUCCUAUCGAUGGUACCUGCAGCACCGCCCACAGGUUGGAUAUAUCCGGGCCCGAUUUUAUGAAGGAACUGACCUGGUGGCCGACUCCGGUGUGACGAUUGACACCACCAUGAGAGGAGGACGACUGGGCGUGUUCUGCUUCUCUCAGGAAAACAUCAUCUGGUCCAAUCUGAGAUACCGGUGCAACGAUACCAUCCCUGAGGAUUUCCAGGAGUUCAGCAUGCAGCAUGGAGUUGACUCAUUCUAAAGUUAAAAAAAAAAAAAAAAAAAAAAAAAA